AACAGAGCAUUCAAUUUACAAAAUCCAGCUCUGGGGACCAGCAGAUUGACAAAGGGCAGGACCUGCAGGUCAUGGAGGCAAUGAAGCAGCUCGAAGAUAAGCUACGAGAGCUAAAAAAAAGUGCUGAAGAUCGAGGAAUUGGACACAAAGAUGGAUAGUCUAGAAUAUGAGAAGUGGACAAACGACUGUGAGAGCUUGCAGAAAUGUUUAGAAGAAAAUAAGAUAAAACGUGAAAAGGUGGAGGUUACAACAGAAGAUUGUGUAGCACCUUCGAGAGAAGCCUCCAACCCAGGAAGAGGAAAAGAUUCCCAGUGGAUAAGGAAGAAUGAGGCACAGGACAGAUCAGAAAGGUUUAGAGAACUCAGACAAAGAAUGACACGUAUCUUGGCCACCUUUGUUCUAGCCCCGGACCUUGAGAAGAUUAUCGAUCAGAUUCUUACUCAGGAUAUAGAUGAGAUGUCCUCUACAGAUUUAUUAUUUGGAGCAGACAGUCGCUCGAAAUCUACACAGCACUGUCACACCAAACAUCACUCAGCAGCCACAGAUCCUGAAUUAGUUCAACACUGUACUAACAGUAGUGCAUACAGGUUUCUGUGCUCUCAUGCUGGUGUGUUUUUCUGUAAAAUGACCAACAUUUCUUUUGAGAUGAAAGGGAGUGGAGAAGUGCUGUACACAGUAGUGUCCUGGGAUGACAAUCAGUUGCUUGGCAUGGACCAGUUCAUGCCUGCAGGGCCCCUGUAUAACAUUAACUGCUCCGAAGAUUCAAUUCGUUAUCUGCACCUUCCACACUGUGAGAUACCUACUGAUAAAAAUGAGUUUGAACUGGCUGUGGCACAUUUCAGUGAGGGUAAUGUUGAGAUCAUUCAGCCCCUGAAUAUAACAAGCACACAUGUUAUUUUUGAAGUUCAUGGUCUCUCCAACUUUGGCCUGUUGAUAAAAAGGUUGUUCUUUGAAAAGCCUAUCAGUGGCCAAGUCCUCCUCUUCUACAAUGAAAAGCGCAAAAAUCUGCACAUUCAUUUGUUGCCAGGAAAUGUGUCAAUCGAAGAGGUACGGAAAUUAAAUCAGUGCAACACCUACAUUCAGUGCAGCUCCCUAUGUAAGCUGACCCGUGGUAAAAAAUACAGACCAAUCUGUGAGCCUUAUUCUUACCAGCCAAAGGUUGAGACAUUUGAAGGUCACUAUGGUCCAAACUAUCACCCCACAUUUGAGGUGAUCCUUAAUACCAAGGUUGACCUCACAUUGGGUCUGUUGGAUGAAAGUGGCCAGGACGUGUGGGAACCUCGUCACAUCUUUCUUACAGCUGAGAGUAAAGAAGCAGGUCCAGCAGAUAAAGGUGCUGAAUUUGUAGAUAAACACAGAAACACACUCAUACAGAGAGUUCUUCCGGUAAUGGAAAUAGCAGACACUCUACUUACCAAGAAACUCAUCAGAGAUGAACUGUAUAAUGAUAUUAAGGAGGCAACAACACCACAGAAAAAAAUGAGGAUACUGUACAGUUGUCUUGACUCAGGAGGAAAAGCUGUGAAAGCAGAAUUCUAUAAAAUCCUUAAGCAGAAGCAGCCUGAAAUAGUGAAUGAGCUGGAUCCUAGAUCAAAUUAUGCAUAGAUGAUCAAAGAAGACUUUUACAUGACCUGAAAUGUGAAUGUAAAAGUUAAGACUCAGGUAGUGAUUUAUACAAGCACAUACUCAUUUUGUUAAUUUUGCUGGAAGAAUUCUACAGAACACAAGGAAAUCUUUAUUGAUUUAUAUAAUGGAUGCACAUCAUAUAUAUUUUAUACCAUUUUAUAUAAAAAUUAGCUAUUCAAAUAUUUUGACAAAACCUUUCCUUUAAUUUGUUUUUUGUACUUUUUUUUGUGCUUAAAAUGAAAUGUGUUGAAAGUAAAUUGGCAUACGCACACACCCUAUUGCAUGCCCAUGCUGGAAGAAAAGGCAUAAACAAUUAAAGUACUAUGUCAUAUAACAAGUCUCUCUUUUUUCCACUUUAGUAGAUUUCCUGGUAGUGAAAUACAUUAAUAUAAAUAUAAUAUAUAUUAUAAUAUUAAUAUAAAUUAAUGUGGUUUGGUCAUUUUUAACUUCAUAUCUCAACAUCUUUGGAAGAGAGUUUUGGUGUCUACUACUGUUCCUAGAAAACUUUUAUUUAAAUAUUGAUUUUGUAUUCAUAAUGAACUUACCCAAUCCAGAUAUUUAAGAUUUUAUAUAAUAUUUUUUUAAGAUGUGUUGUAUUAAGGUUGUCUAUGAUCUCAGUUAGAACUAGGGACCAGUUUUGACCUUUUGUCAGAAAUGAAACAGAAAGUGUAGAGCUGUAGGCUUUAAGCUACUGUGCAGAAAUCUACACAGACGGAGCACAGAGCUGUACACGAUAACUGAAUGUCCAUUUAGAAUCCUUUGUAGUGAACCCAAACAAAAAGGAGUCUCCUACUGCUUCAUAUGAAGCUAUAUACUAUAGAUACAUGACAUAAGUAUAACUAGAAUUUACUCUAACCACUGUUGUGGAAUAUACUGUAAUCCUCAGAGGCUUUGUAAACAAUGAAGAAUUUUUAUUAAACAACCAAAUGAAUUUUA